UCCGAAUUUCUUCCCCUCCCGAAGUCGUUUUCCCCAUUUCCCUCGCCCGCUCCUACUUUACCCCCCGGUUUUCAUCCACCCCCUCUGAGACGAAUCGUCGCGUGCCUCCGUCUCCAGCCGCAUGUCGUAUUAGUUCUGCCGCAACUACUAAACGGCCGUUGUCUGACCUUACUCCACAACCUGAAAAAGGAAAUAGAGAAAAGAAAAAAACUGAAGAUUGACUGUGAGGCUCUCCGGUUCAAAUGGCUUGACGCGUACCACAAAAUCGAACUCCAGAACGCAGCAGAUGCUAGUGACGACGAGUGUCGGUGGAAGGAUGGAUCUGUUUAUUCUGGCCAUCGAGUGAAGAGCCCCUGUGCGCCCACCAGCACACGCAGUUCACGGCCGAUCUCGGAGCCUCGGUGUGCAUGUGUCGAUGCGCGUGAUCACUUCCCUGCCGGUUCCUUCAUCUCCUUUGGUCCGUGGCUGUCGAACACGUCGGUGAGACGGUAUCGGAUCCUGCAGCACGAUCUAGGCAAACGGCGACCUUAA